AUGCCGAGCUCAUAUGUUACUGGCUCGAGCAACGGCAGCUCCGCACAUCUGGCCUUGCCGAUGCCCUUAUCCUUUAUGGUUACGCAAAACGUUGACUACGAGGUCUUUUCACAUAGACUUCCCGCACUUUCCUUGCCUUGGGUGGCGCGUGACUUCUCUUUUUUCUCCUUUUUUAUCGAUAUCAUCAGAAUUUUUUUUUUGAGUUUCUCAUAAAUUGAAGAAAAGUUUUGAUGAAUUGAAACAUUGUUCAAUUACUUUUACUCCGAGUUUCAAAAAAGGCAUUCGCUCUUCCUAGUUCCCAAUUCGGCAAAUCAAGUUUCAAAACAAGUUCACUAAGACAGAACUUUUCUACUAUCAAGUUUUUCGUGUGAGUAAGACGCUCUCUCUUUGAAACCAAAAAGAACAGGGCAUUUUCACUUGCGAUUUUCCAGCUGAUAUUACAUUCCUGAACAUUUUCCAUUAGCCUUUCAGGCAUCAGGUGGCUCUUGCUCUCAAGUUCUUACAAAAAGUUGGAAGUGGCGUCAGGAAAACACAUAGGUGUUGCCAAUCAGAUGACGUUGAAAUUAUGCUGCCUUCUGUUGCUUGUUCAGUUGCCGUCCUCUAAAACCGGGUAUUUGGCGCUCUAGGUCCUCUUUCUUUUUUCCGCUCCUUUUUCUUUUACCGCAUGCCAUUUUUUCUGCGUGAUUGUCAUUUAGCCAGCAUGUGACCUGACCAUGUGUUACAAUGGUUCUAUUUGCAUAAACAGCUCUUUUUUAUUUGGAGGCUUAGAAAAAAAUUCGAAGAAAUAUCGUUAUAAUGCGGCAGCUGUGAGCCAGCGUCGGCAAAAGACAUGUGCUCGGAAUAUAUUGUAUUUAUUACUCAAGAAAAAAUUGGAAAUGAUAGAGUUUUCUGCUAUCUAUCUGUUUCUGCAAGUUGAAGCUCAGUCUAAGGAGGAGAAAUUUCAAGUUCUCCAUGUAUUUUGAUUGGAUUUCUCUCUGAGAGAACUUCAGCAAAAACGAAAUUAUCAAGGAAGAUCUUAAAAUUCUUGCAUUACCUUCUCAAAACAUGAAUAGGUGAGAAAAGAAACAUGAACUAUUGGAAAACUCAUAACAUAACUACUUUUAUGAGAGCAAAACUAGUUUGAGUACAAUUUUUUAUUUUCAUCAAUUUUAUUGCUCCGAAAUUUCACUAAAAAUCUAAUCUUGAGCUAAUUUGAUUAGCAUAAUGAUGAGUUGGACUACUCGGUCAAUCCGACCGGUUUAGGAGCUCUAGGCAGCAGUCAGAUGAUUCUCAGUGGCGUCAAGCCCUUGAAGAGGUGGAAAAGACGCUGUCUGCUGAUCAAGUUCGCGUUAAACGUUGCUUCUUUCCAGCGCCAUAUUGGCAGAAACAAAAACGCGGGGCAGGCAAAGCAGCUUUCCCUUUUCCUGCCAACACACGCCACUUUUACUAUCUUCUCCUCUUUUUCCGAUCUCUUAUUCCUUAACUAAUUAUCUUUCAAGCAUUGAUAUCUUUAUUGGAUUCAGAAAGACUGCUUUUUAUUGGGUCGAAAAAAUGCAUGACACGAGCUUAUGGAACCUUUUCGGGAAACUAAGGCGAAGUUUUUUUUCACAGCACCUGUAGGGUUUUAUCGAGCUUGACAUACUUUCUUGAAUUAUCUGAAACUUAAUCAGUAAGUCAGCUCUGAGCAAUUGAUUCAAUCUAUCGUUUGAAAGUUUUCGUGGAUAUUAUAGUCGUGAAAUGGCCUGACAAAACAAUGGGAAUAGGAAAGUUUGAAACCUCCUUUUUGUUCCGCCGGAUUCGAAACUAUUCAACUUCUAAUAGUCAACUUUCAACUUCUUAUUAGAAACACUAAAAAAAGUCUGUGCUUAUGGACCUCAAUUAUUAAGAUAUGUCAGUUGUUUGUCCAUUUUAAAAAUUUCUAAUUUUUUGGAGAGCUCACAUCAAUUUUUGAACCUUCUAAAAUUGAGACUCACUUGCCCCUGACCUCUACAAUCAUUAAACCGCAACAAAUUCAGUUUUCCAACAAUGUUUUUGUCAACUAGCAACAUCAAGAAUUAUUGCCCCUACUCACUGUCCACCAAAAUAGGAGUCGCGUACAGUUGUCGAUUUGAUUUUCCCUUCUUUGUUCACUUUUCGUAUUUGUGUUCCCAAAAAACUUCGGCUACCAAUAAGUUAGAUCGAUAAGAUGGAAUUCAAGUUUUUUUGGAAAAAGUGUGGGUAUCUACGAGACGUCUAGAUGGUGGAAGGUGGAACGACUAAGACGGACGGCUGCCCUGCCUGCUAAAAAUCCUCAAGAUAGCAAUGAGUGACAAGGCUUGUACGCCAACUGACGCCGCCUGCGCUUCGGUAUUACUUGACAGGCUUGGGAUGAGCUGGUCUCAAAAUACAGCUCAUAGAAGGGUAGCAAUGAACAAACUGUUAAAUCGGAGAUCCUUCCGGAAAAAUGCUGAAGAAAUAGACAAAAAGGAAAAACUGCCAGGCUCUGGAAAAGUGGUUAUCGAAGGAUUUUCACAAAAAAGUCAGCAUUUAAAAAAAAGAAAACAGUAAAGAGAACUGCAGAGCGAGCCGCUGAACAGGACGGCGCAGUGCCGACCGAAUGAGAGCGUUGUGUUACACUUACAAACAAACAUUUGCAUUACACAUCAUUGUUACAGUUCGUGGGAGAGCGUGUGAGUGUCCGAAGGGAAAACCCCUACCAGAGAUCGCCACGUGUCGGUUACACUUCUUUAAACUGCAUGAGCAGCAAAGGAAGUCCACGCAUGGUCGCCGUUCCCAUCUGA